AUGGUUUAUAUCCCGGACGACUCUGACUUCAGCUCAUUCAGGGACCAGUGCGAGAGUCUGGAGGGCUGGCAUAGCCAGUACAACAAGGGUGGGGUGAUGGUGUGGAGUCAGACGCCAGGGGAGAGCCGGACAGUGCAGAAAAUCAAGCUGUGCAUCACCUGCAAGGACGUGCCAGCUGCGACACUCUAUGAUGUGCUGCACGACACCCACUACCGCAAGAAAUGGGACUCCAACGUCAUCGAGACCUAUGACAUCGGGCGCCUGACGGCCAACACCGAUGUGGGAUACUAUGCCUGGAAGUGCCCGAGCCCCCUGAAGAACAGGGACUUUGUCACCCUGCGCUCCUGGCUGCCCCUGGACAACGACUACAUGAUCAUCAACUACAGCGUCAAGCACCCGAAGUACCCACCACGGAAGGACUUCGUGAGGGCUGUGUCCCUGCAGACGGGCUACCUGGUCAAGGCCAACGGCCCCCACGCCUGCACCCUCUACUACCUCACCCAGGUGGACCCCCGAGGUUCGUUACCAAAGUGGGUGGUGAACAAAGUGUCCCAGUUUGUGGCACCAAAGGCCAUGAAGAAGAUCUACAAGGCGGGGCUGAAGUACCGGGAGUGGAAGCAGAAGCAUGAGCCUGGCUUCAAGCCCUGGGUGUACCCAGAGCAGAACAUGCUGCCCAGCAUCAGCCUGGCUGAGCUGUCCCUGCAGCACGCCGACUCCCUGGAGAACAUCGACGAGAGUGGCCUGGCUGAGGACAGGACACACAUCAGCGAUGACGAGGCCUGAACGGGGCCCGCAGCCACCCCGCACCUGCCAGCAGGGCUGGAGAGAGGCCGUGCCCCUGCCACUCCACCGCAUGCUCAGGGUCAUUCAGCACGCACAGGAGCCUGGCAGUGGGUUGGGGGCAUAGUUACAAAUUUGUCUCCAGUGCUCUUGGUGUGAAUGUAUCCUUCAGCAUCUUUUCAUCCUGCUCCCAGUACACGGAGCCCUCUGCUCGGGAGAGAGAGAACUGCACCCACCUGGCACACAGAGCCCUCUGCUCGGGAGAGAGAGAACUACCCCCACCCACCCACCUGGCACACAGAGCCCUCUGCUCGGGGUAGAGAACUGCCCCCACCCACUCACCUGGCACACAGAGCCCUCUGCUGGGGAGAGAGAGAACUACCCCCACCCACCUGGCACACAGAGCCCUCUGCUCGGGAGAGAGAACUGCCCCAACCCACCCACCUGGCACACAGAGCCCUCUG